CUCUUUCUUUUAUAAGGCUUCUCUUCAUUCUCAGCCAACCUACUCCUCUCUCAUUAUUUUUUUAGUUUUCCAGCUUCCCUAGCCGGCUCCAUCUUCCAAAUUCUCUUUAAAUCAGGCCAAAAAGCUUCGAACCCAUAUAUCUUUUUUCUUUGUAGGGAUUUUAGAAGAUGGCCGAGGAGGAUAUUCAGCCUCUCGUUUGUGACAAUGGGACUGGAAUGGUCAAGGCUGGAUUUGCCGGUGAUGAUGCCCCAAGGGCAGUGUUCCCCAGUAUUGUUGGCAGACCUCGUCAUACUGGUGUUAUGGUUGGGAUGGGUCAGAAGGAUGCUUAUGUAGGUGAUGAAGCCCAAUCUAAAAGAGGUAUCCUCACUUUGAAGUACCCAAUAGAACAUGGUAUUGUUAGCAACUGGGAUGAUAUGGAGAAAAUUUGGCACCAUACCUUCUACAAUGAGCUCCGUGUUGCCCCUGACGAACACCCAGUACUUCUUACUGAGGCACCACUCAACCCAAAGGCCAAUAGGGAGAAGAUGACCCAAAUCAUGUUUGAGACCUUCAAUGUGCCAGCUAUGUAUGUUGCUAUCCAGGCCGUUCUAUCUCUUUAUGCUAGUGGACGUACAACAGGUAUUGUCUUGGAUUCUGGUGAUGGUGUGAGCCAUACAGUGCCGAUUUAUGAAGGUUAUUCGCUCCCCCAUGCUAUUCUUCGGUUGGACCUUGCUGGCCGUGAUCUAACAGAUGCUUUGAUGAAAAUCCUUACUGAGAGAGGGUACUCUUUCACCACCACUGCUGAACGGGAAAUUGUUCGUGAUGUGAAAGAGAAACUGGCUUAUGUUGCCCUUGAUUAUGAGCAAGAGUUGGAGACUGCAAAGAGCAGCUCUGCUGUUGAGAAAAGCUAUGAAUUGCCUGAUGGUCAGGUGAUUACAAUAGGAGCAGAGAGGUUCCGUUGCCCAGAAGUACUCUUCCAGCCAUCUCUGAUUGGUAUGGAAGUUCCUGGAAUCCAUGAAACUACUUACAACUCCAUUAUGAAGUGUGAUGUAGAUAUCAGGAAGGACCUGUACGGAAACAUUGUGCUUAGUGGUGGUUCAACCAUGUUCCCUGGGAUUGCUGAUAGGAUGAGCAAGGAAAUUACUGCUCUUGCUCCCAGCAGCGUGAAGAUCAAGGUGGUUGCUCCUCCUGAAAGAAAGUACAGUGUCUGGAUUGGAGGAUCAAUCUUAGCAUCGCUCAGCACUUUCCAACAGAUGUGGAUAUCCAAGGGUGAGUAUGAUGAAUCAGGUCCAGCAAUUGUUCACCGAAAAUGUUUCUAAGGUUGGUACGGAAGAUAUUUGCGAGGUUAAAAAAGAGUCUCAUCACCUGUGUUGUGCCAUAUGUGAGCCAAAGUUUGUGAACGUUUGAAUCUUCUGGUUUUAUUUAUACAGAAAAGAUAUUAUGUAUGUUGGAUGCUUGAGUUGUACGAACAAAAGGUUUUGUAUAGUUAUUACUCUUUAGGUCUUAGAUGCCAAAUUAUCGUUGGCAAUGCUGACUGGUUUUGGCACUUAGAAUGCUAGUUCUAUCUUGUUUGCUUUAAAGUCUUAAAUCUUUCAGGUUUUGGUCAUGGAUUUAGUUCGUUUGAAGUCAGUAAGUGGUAAUUUUCAUAAUCACUUAUUUGAUCACCAUAGUGGGUUUUCUUUUCUCA